CGCCAGCCUCCAAUGCUGCUGUGCUGGGAGCCCAACCUUCUCGUAACCAGCCAUCGCAUCCAUGAGUUGUUUUCACGAGGCUGGACCUCCAAUUUGCGGCAUCCUACAUGUACUGACUGUUGCGCUCGCUCUUGCUAAUGCAUUCCAUCUCUACAGACCAUCAAAGCUUGGGACAAACACUAACACCAGAGGCAUUCCAUUCCCGAAUUCUUCCACCGCCGCCAUCAUCAUCAUCAUCCUCAUUGGAAUUCGCUACCCUUUUCUCUUGCCCCGAGAGUCCGAAAGCAGUCAAAAUUGAUCCACCGACCUCCCAAGGCCGUGUUUUUGCUUUAGACCUCUCCCCUCCCGUAUCACCACGUCCCUUGUCCCCCAGGAGCCAUCGCUCGCACCCUGUGCCAAUCCGAGAACUGCCCGGCAGCUCUUCUCUGCUCAGCGGACCUCGUUUGAGCCCGCCUCCGCCCAUCCGCUUUCGGGCGAUCAAUCCCUUCACACAUCACCGAACAGCGAGCGCUCCGAUAUCCUUGCAAAAUUUUGCUACCGCUCCGCCCUCCCGGCGAGUCAGUCACAACCGAGCAAAGUCCUUACCGUCAUUUUCAGGGCAGGGUCCGACGACUUCAGAUCCUCUCAGUCAUGGUUCAACGGAACUAUGUAAUAGCCAUCAUCGUGAUCUGCCUGUUCGUGGUCCUGGCGUUGGUGGGCUACGCAAUCUAUGCCAUUCAGAACAGAGUCAGUCUGUUCGCCAAAAGAGAGAAGGAACUGGACGAAGAAGAAUAACACGCAGUGUCCGAUUUGCUCUUGAUGAAGAGAAUCCGGUGGCACUGGCGGAUGAGACAGAACGGCGCUCGGUGUCUGGACUGCUCCGUUCGGAAGAUGAUGGAGACACUUGGUUUUGAACAUGAAAUGAUGAAAUGAACAGGGUUUUCGGCGUAACGGGUUGGACAUUUAUACAUUUAUGUUUCUUGGAGAUAUUUGGAAUAGGAAGGGAAAAACAGGGAACAUAAUGAGACCGUACAAAGCGAGAUUUCGCACUCUUGAAAAGCCCUAUUGAAAAUGAGGGCGCAUUACUCUUUGAUUUAUAAAUCAGAAACAAUAUUGACGGGUCCUUUUUGCGCCCUGGCACUUCUCUGCCUUUCAUCAACAUUCGGGGAUUGCCCGUUGGCAAAUCCAUUGGUUUGGGAUUCACUGUGCGACUUCUUAAGUUCGGUAGACUUUGCCGCGUUGUCGGUUAUCGCUUGACUCUGCGGCAUUCGCCUGUUCUUGUCCUCCCUGAUGUGCGCUUUCCAUUUACUGACCAAUUUGUCAAAGUCCCAUUUGUCACCUUUUGUAUUCACACCAUCUCCCAGAAAACCGGCAUCUUCUGGCCGCUCCGCUCCGGGCAGCUUGUUGAGGUUGAUUGAUCGUAUUUCAUCCCGCAUGGCUUGUCCAAAUGUCCUCCGCUCUGGAGGCCACAAAGCCAUUUCCCGCGGCCAUUGGCACCGGGACAAGUAUUCCACCUGUUGCUGUAGUUGAUUUGCUUCCUGCUGGAGGGACUCCGACUUCUCCUCCAGUUCUGCGACCCGUUGCUGCUCGGUGUUGUACGCCCUCAGCAACUCCACCUGCC